AUGGACAAAAAGCAAGGUUUCUUUUCAUCCCUCAAACACGAAGUAGUUAGAGGACUCUCACCGGCCAAAACUCCGGCCAGAAGUGUUUCUCCGAUGUCGGGACUUCUCCGGCGAAGGCGAAAACAAGGUCCACCGCCGCCGGAGAUGUUCAUGACGAGAUCGGGGAGUUUGAGACCGGUGGAAGCGUUGUCGCCGUUGAAGGAAGGUCCUGAUGGAACCGACGGUGAAGAUGGUAACAGAGGGGAAGGAAAAUGGGGGCAUUGGAUGAAAGGACAGUUGGCUAGAGCACCUUCUGUUUCGUCGUCUUCUGGUUCGUCGUCUUCUUCGGGUUUAGCUUGCAAGAAAUCCGAUCUGAGAUUGCUUCUUGGUGUGCUGGGUGCUCCUCUUGCUCCGGUUCAUGUUUGCACUACUGAUCCUUUUCCUCAUCUCAGUAUCAAAGAUAUUCCCAUUGAAACUUCUUCUGCUCAGUACAUACUGCAGCAGUACAUUGCUGCUUCGGGUGGUUUGAAGCUUCAAAACUCCAUUAACAAUGCUUAUGCCAUGGGAAAAGUGAGGAUGAUAGCCUCUGAGUUCGAGACUGCGAAGAAAGUCACGCGUAGCCGUAAUUCCUCCAAAGUUGCAGAGUCUGGUGGAUUUGUCUUGUGGCAGAUGAAUCCAGAUAUGUGGUAUGUAGAGCUUGCUCUUGGUGGCAGCAAGGUUCAUGCUGGUUGCAAUGGGAACCUCGUGUGGCGCCACACGCCUUGGCUUGGUGCACAUGCUGCGAAAGGGCCGGUGAGGCCUCUUCGACGCGCGCUUCAGGGUCUUGACCCAAGAACGACUGCUAGUAUGUUUAUCAAUGCAAGAUGCAUUGGAGAGAAGAAGAUAAACGAAGAGGAUUGUUUCAUCCUCAAGCUUUGUGCAGAUCCAUCGACAUUAAAAGCGAGGAGUGAAGGUCCAGCAGAGAUCAUAAGGCAUGUUUUAUUCGGAUACUUUAGUCAGAAAACAGGACUUCUUGUUCACUUGGAAGAUUCCCAUUUGACCCGCAUUCAAAACAAUGGAGGCGACGCAGUUUAUUGGGAGACCACAAUUAAUUCGUUUCUUGACGACUACAGGCCUGUUGAAGGGAUCAUGAUUGCACACUCAGGUCGAUCUGUUGUGACACUUUUCAGGUUUGGGGAAACGGCAAUGAGCCAUACUAAGACUAAGAUGGAGGAAGCAUGGACGAUUGAGGAGGUUGCAUUCAAUGUCCCUGGCCUUUCUAUAGAUUGUUUUAUUCCUCCAUCAGAGCUACGGUUUGCUUCUGUUAGUGAAGCUUCUGAGCUUCCUCAAGGUCAGAGAAUGAAGAGUAAGACCGCCGCGGCUGCUGCAGCUGCAUACCAUGCCAAAGUUGCUCAGUUCCAAAAAUCACACGAAAGCAAUACGAAUAACAUUAACUGGACAGUGGAUGUUUAG